CCCUCCCGGCCGAAGGCCCCUGCGGACCGGCAACCGCUACCUCCCCCGCCCGUUGCCACAGGCGACGGGCGAAGCCGCCGCCGCUGUGGUGGCGGGGCCUGACGCGAAGGCCGGGUCCAGGGUCCAAGGCCUGGCCAGCGGGGCCCGGGUUUGCCCCAUCCCUGGCGCUAUGGCCGCUGAGGUGGUGGUUGUGGGAUCCUGUAUGACCGACCUGGUCAGCCUUACUACACGAUUGCCAAGAGCUGGAGAAACUAUCCUUGGACAUAAGUUUUUCAUUGGUUUUGGUGGGAAAGGAGCCAACCAGUGUGUCCAGUCUGCUCGACUUGGGGCCAAGACCUCGCUGAUCUGCAAGGUUGGGAAGGAUUCCUUUGGCAAUGAUUAUGUUGAAAACUUGAAGAAGAAUGGUAUUUCUACAGCAUUUGUAGGUCAGACUACAGAUGCUGCUACUGGAACUGCUUCAAUAAUUGUCAACAGUGAAGGACAGAAUGUUAUUGUCAUAGUCCCAGGAGCCAACCUGCUUUUAAAUUUUGAAGACCUGAAGAGGGCUUCUGAUGUCAUCUGCAAAGCCAAAGUGGUUGUUUGCCAGCUAGAAAUAAGCCCUGCUGUUUCUCUUGAAGCUCUGAAAAUGGCACGUGCCAGUGGAGUAAAGACUUUAUUUAAUCCAGCUCCAGCCCUUGCUGACCUAGAUCCACAAUUUUAUACCCAUUCUGAUAUCUUCUGCUGCAAUGAAACUGAGGCAGAAAUUUUAACGGGCAUCCCAGUUGGCAACCAUGAAGAUGCUGAAAAGGUGGGACGCAUGCUGUUAGAAAGAGGGUGUAAGCUCGUAAUUGUUACUCUUGGAGCAGAAGGCUGCAUGAUGAUAUCAGUAGAAGAACCCAUUCCAAAGCACGUUCCUGCUGGGAAGGUCAGGGCUGUGGACACUACGGGAGCUGGUGACAGUUUUGUGGGAGCGCUGGCCUUCUACCUGGCUUACUAUCCCAAGUUACCCAUGGAGGAAAUGAUCAGGAAGUCUAACUGCGUCGCAUCAGUGAGCGUCCAGGCAUCAGGGACACAAUCUUCAUAUCCUUAUAGGAAGGACUUGCCUCAGGACCUUUUCUAAUUGACAUUGUCUAGCUCAACAUACUGAUUUUAUCUUAGCCCAGACUGCACCGAGGUUCUCCAGGAAAGACCAGGAAAGUCUCUUUGCUUCUUAUUUGAGGAAUCCUGUUAGUUCUUGUUCUACAACAGUAAGAUGGGGUGGUGGGUCUUUCAAAUGCAGCACAGCAGGUUGCUCUGGCCCCACACACAGCCAUCGGGCUUGUGGCCGUCCCACACAAAGCGCUAUACUGACCUACACAAAGCUUACAGCAAAACACCUGGAGGGUAUUGGGCUCCUGGUAAUGCUUUUACUUGAUUUUAUCACAACUUCUGAUGUGCGACGCUAGCGCACGACACACAGCAUUAGCUUUGAGAUAGCAGCUUCAGUCCUCAGCUGCAAACACUCCGGCCAGCGUUUGGCUCGUAAGAGAGCACCGUAUCUGGCCUUGGCCCCUCUAUUCCCGCAUGCCUCAGACACGGGCUGUGGCACCAUGCUCUGAACUCUGCCAGACUGCAGAAGGUCCCUCGGACUGGAAAGAGGACAAAAGCACUAUUGAAGUAGACUUUGAAAAAUGUUUCUAGCCAUACUGCCCUAAAUGUAGGUGAGCUUAAUUAAAGAAGAAAAACUUCCAAAACCAUCUUCAUGCUUGAUAAAAAUCCAGGAGUGGAAAAUCCAUCCUACUUACCUGACUGAAAAUAAUAUUGCCCUUUUAGCUAUGGUCGCAGCUUAUCUGACCAAAAGCUCAUCUUAUUUCACCAGGUUCCCAUUGCUUCUUCCUCACCUAGGGAGGAGCCGGUGCAACACUACCCCUCCAAGGAAUGACACCAAUUUGUGGUCACUACUGUUGAAUCUGUGGCCGGUAGGUUAGAAAAAAUUGCAAUCCUGCCAUUGAAUUCCUGCUGUGGAAAAUGUUAAUUUUUAUUGCCUUAUAAAACAAUAGUUUCUUUGAAGAUUAUAGCCUGUUUCACAAUGGAAAACACAGACAAUGGGAUUUGCUAUUUAAUUUUUUUAAUUGAGUACUGUAAAAAUAACUCAAAAGAUAAAUAAAUGUUACUGUGAUGAUCUAUGUCCAGACA